UCACCUACGGCUUCUACAACAGGGCAGUGCUGGACUCCACCUGGCCCUCUGACCUGACCAACUCUGGCCAGCUGCUGUGGAACAAGCUGCGGAACGUCGUCAUUGGCGUGGCCUUGUUCCGUCGAGCGGCGGCCAAGAAGCGUGUUGCUGACACCUCGAGCUUGGAUGCCACAGACGUGGUGUCUCGGACCUCGGUCGACAGCUCCACCUCCCACGAGCCCCAGGAGCCGAACGGCAGGAGGCUGGGCAGCCGCGCCGACUCCUCGGAGGAACUGCACUUCGCAGAGUUCGACAGAUACCGCAGCAGACACGGCAGCAUCGUGCGGGCCGACCGGCAUGUGCCUGCUGCCCGCCGGUCCCUCUGUGCAUCAGCAGGCCUUCGAGAGCAGCGCGGGGCUGCUCAUGACGCAUCAGCAUGACAGCGCCGUGCUGUGGGAGGAGACAGACAGCUUCUCUGCAGACACCCUGCUUGACAGCCCCGCGGUGGGUGCACGCAAGUCGCGUAACCGCAGUGGUAGCUGCUCUGAGUUCGUGUUUGGUUUGCGUGGGCAGCACUGUCCCACCAGCCCCCAGACGGGCCGCUCUCCGGACACCGGUGGUGGCGACAACUGGCGACAGCUUAUGAGGUCGGAAAGCUUUGCGAACGACGCUCGCAUCCUUGACAACCUGAAUCGACUGAAGGCAGGCUUGUCCAAGGAAAGCGUGCUGGCCAAUGGGCGAGCUGCAGUAGGACCCGAUGCUAGGGAGCAUGGCCACAGCUCUCAUCGCAAGGGAAGCAUCAGCAGGGCUCUGUUCGGCCGCAAGAGCAGCCUGGGCCUACGACACAGCCGCGAGUCUUCCUCGGAGAACCUGGAGGAGCGCAGCUCUACGGGCAGCACGGAUGACUUGGACUCUGAAGGUAGCCAUGGCUCUCGUCGCCUGCCCCCCUCCAAGCUGUUCUCUGUGAUACACCGCUGGGGGGGCGGCAAGAAGUCUCCCACCGGCUGUGAGCUCAGCACGUCCCCUGAGCGAGGGACCACUUCUCCGACCCAGAAGAUGUCACCCGUGAGAACCCCCGUCACAGAGAACGACCCUCUGGGAGCCCUGGAGACAGAUUCCACGGAUGUCAAUGGGAUCCCUGGGGAGUCUACUAUUACACCAGAGGAAGGCCGGUGUGCAACUCGGGACAUGCCGGAGGCGUCGGAGCGGCCUCUGCUGUUUGGGCGGGGAGUGUCUCGCAGCGCCACGUUCGGCGCAGACCAGGAGAGUGGCUCGGAUGGCAAGGCUGUGAUGCAGCGCUCGUCCACCAUGCCUGUUGACAGUCCUGCCGGUGGCUUUAAGCUGCCCUUCAGCAGUCGCUUCUCACCCGCCCGACUUAGCUUGAAGACCCGUGACCUUCGAGCUGGAACACACAUCAUUGAGAAUGCAAUCGCUAACUUCAGCCCCAGCAGUCUCGCCUCCAAGAAGUCCAACGAGCUACUGCAGGGCGGUCUCAGCAGCCUCAAGUCGGCUGCCACGUCAGUUGCCAAGAAGUUCGAUGAAAUCAAGGAGGCAAUGUCCGUCACCAGCACUCCCGUCAAGGCCAACGCCAUGCUCGGCAGGUCCGGCGAGCGGGAGAGCGUCUACAGCGAGGGAGAAGUGGAUGUGCCCGUCGAGAGUGUCAGGCGAAUAUCUAACGAGUUCUCCCCGCUGGCUGUCCACAUGCACCUCGACUAUUGGGGCAACAACUUCCUGGAUCUGUUCGGGGAGGGCAGCCGCAAGGGCAGUGCCUCCAACCUGCAGCCUCUGGAUUCCAGAGCCUCUUCGCAGCAACAACUGUUUCCUGAGAACAUCUAUUCCCGGGAUGCAAGUGUGAGGGACCCACUUGUGCCCGUGGCUCUCGAGGUACUCAUGACGAGCUGCUCCAAGUGCCAUAACUGUGGCUGUGUGCUCUACGAUGAAGAGAUCAUGGCGGGCUGGGAACCUGAGGACUCCAACCUCAACACUAAGUGCCAGUUCUGCAGUAAGGCGACGGUGCCCUUCUUGUCAGUGAACAUCCUGGACUACCGGGGCCAGCCAAUGGUCGCUCCGUCCGCCAGUCGGGAGAGUGUCGCCAGCCACCGAGUGACCAGGAGCUCCCUCCCGCACCUAGGCACCGUCGACUGUGCCGAGGGCUCCUCUGCUCCCCGCAUGCAGCACCAGGACGACUUCAAGGAGGAGGGGACAGAGUCUGUGGCGCUGGAACCAAUCGUAGUGCCUUACCUGAACCCACUGGUGUUGCGCAAGGAGCUGGAGAACAUCUUGCACUGCGAAGGAGAUGUGUGUCUCACGCAAGCGUGCUUUGUGGACCAGCACCCUAUCAUCUACUGGAACAUGGUUUGGGUGUUCCAGCGCACGGAUGUGGUGAGCCACCUUCCAGGGCUGUGCCUGCAUGCCUCCACUGUGAACCGUGCACAGACUGUGCACGCCUCCUGGAGUAGCUGUGACCAGCACAACGUGGCAGUCCGCUGUCUCUGGGACAACGCAUGCUUGCAUGAGGAGGUCGGCCCGCCCAUGUACGUGCUGUGGCAGCAGCAGCAUCAGCCGCAGAGCGACCUCGUGAAUGCCCUCGUCACGGAUAGGAUAUCUGUGUCUCGCACGGUGAUGCAGAGUGUGGUGGCAAGUGUGCGUGGCAACGACCUCCAGGAGCCACUCCGAAGGUUGGCCAUGGAGCGCCACAAGUUGAAGGGGCGUGGUGUCCACCGUACACUCUCCCUGUACCGCGAGAUCCUGUUCCUCGCCUUCACUGCCAUGGGACGCAAAAAUAUUGACCAAGCUGCGUUUGACCGGGAGUACAUGUCUGCGUACGAGAAGCUGUCACAGUCAGACCUGAAGCUGUACUCGGUGUGUGACCGGCCACUGUCGAUGGCCGCACUGUGCUGCCGUCACUUCUUCAAGGAGCUGGAGCUCUGACCGAUACCCGUCCAGGGGAGUUGCGCCCGGGCCCCGCUCCCUCGCUGGUUCCGUCUUGUUUCCUGCCACCGGUCGCCAUGGUCAUCCAAGGGUGAGCACCCACAGUUGCGUGCCUUGAAGAGCAACUCCGCGUCCACUCGGCAGAAGAGAGCGUGACUGCAGCUCUCCAGUCGUAUUGGUUUGUGGAUUCUCGCAACUCCAGUUGGAUCCACUCUCAUGCACUUUAAGUUUAAACAUGUUUUUAUUGGGUUGCUGAAAACUAAAGCACAAUGUUUUCAAACAGUUCCUAUUGCUUUUUUAAUUGGUAUUUUAUGUUAAUGUAACUGUACAAUAACGUUGCUAUAGAGUUACUUUGUGAUUGUAGUAAUUUUUAGUAAGAAUACUCGUUCAGUCAGUGAUAUGUUCAUAAAGUGCUUAACUUUUAUUAUUUUUUGCUAAAUUAAAAUGUUUAAAUUUCAAACUGUAAUGUGCUAGCAGGUUUUAUUUUAAUUUUUUUAUAUUGUUUUUAAUGUAACCAUCGGAAUGGGAACAAAGUGAAAUGAAAUUUUAUUCUAUUUUAUGUAAAUGCCACUGCCUGGAACAUCUUUUGUUUGGAUUGUAGAAAUUUUGCAAUUAGAGUUUGUUUUUAUUUCAGAUAGGUAUUCUGUAUGUGUGUGUAUAUGUGUGUGUGUUUUAAAUGAUCUUGUUCGCUUUAUUAGUAUUCGUGAUGUAUUGCCACAGAAACCAGCUAGUGUUGACUGCGGCCCAGAGUGGCUACGGUCCAGGUUGUAGUGCCACACAUGCCUCACAUAUCCUGCUCGUCUUUCGUGCGCUGAAUAAACUACAGUGAAAUCUCGCUACUGCAAGAGCUGUUGAUGGUGGUAGAUAUUUUCGUAGAAACAAGUAUUCGGAAACAAGUAUUUGUAAAGCCGAAUCAUGAAGAAAAAAAAUUGCCAAGGUAGAUUCCUGGACUUCUUAAAAAUGCCUUUAUUUCAUGCAAUAUCUCAAAAAUGGGAUACCGUGUUUUAUCGCAUAAUCGUCGCACGCGCGUAAUCGUCGCAACCAUAUUUUAGGCUGUCAAAAUUGGGAUAAAAAACUUCUCGUGUAAACGUCGCAUGAUGUUUUUGGUCCUGCUAGUAGAUGCCGAAUUUUUUUGUGUAGGUAUCUUUUCCGUAUAAAACGAUGUAUUUUAAAGUAGAAAUCUAAUAUUUAUUCGGUCAUUACCAUUUACUUAAUAAAUUAACGGAAAAAUACGACGUUGUUUGGCGUGUAAAUUUUCUUAUAAAGAAGAUUUUAAAAGUUAUUUCCUUUAUCUGAUCGUCUGCGUUGCCAUGGUGUAGGUGUAAUCUAAAAAUUUUUUUCGGUCAUUACCACUUAUUUAUUUAAUUAACGGAAAUACAAAGUUGUCUGACAUGUAAAUUUUCUUUUAAAGACGUUUUUAAAUGCUAUUUUCUUUAUCUGAUUGUCUGCGUUACCGCGGCGUACCGCUUAUAAAAAUGUAGCCAGCACAUCAUUCAUGUUUGGUUAUGUUGCUUCCCGUAUAGAGCGCGCGCACGUAGUCGAAUAUCGAUAUCUACGCCUAUUGGAUGCAACGCGCGCUCUCUGUCAGGUGCCGAGUUAACUACAUUUGAUAGCCCGCAUUCUUUCGUGGCAAGUGUGUACUACGACACGUUAGUUCACGUCAGAUUCUAGUGGCUUGCGUUCGUGUUAGAGUUUUUAAUGUUGAAGAAAGAUUUUUGUUUAAGGAAUUAUCAAUAUAGAUUGUUUGGCGUGAUCUUGUAUACUCCGCCUUUUUUUAAAUAAACGUACUUUCCAUGAACUGUUUUUUUUUUUAUGAAUAACUUUACCUAACAAAAAAAAAUUUUCCGCACAAUGGUCGCACCCCUACUUUUCAAACUUGAUUUUAGAAUAAAAUUUGCGACGAUUAUGCGAGAAAACACGGUAUCAUAAAAGAAAAAAAUAUUAUUUUAAUUAUUGCCAAUUUGAUUAAGAACAAAAAUUUUACAAAGAUUUUUUUUUUAAAUUUCUAACCAUUUUGAUUUUAUUGGCAAAUAAUUGUUUCCCGCAAAAUUGUAAAUUAUCAAGCUUUUAAAUUUUUGUAUAAAAAUAUUAAUUUAUGUUUUUUAAUUGAAUAUUGCACAGCAGAAGGUAAGUAUGAAGUACAUGCGUCAGUCAUAGUGCGUGCAAAAGCACUGCUGGUAACUUCUCGGUCACUCGGUCUGGAGGCCAUCAGAGAGGUCGUCACUCAACAGCAGCUAAUUCGGUGAGGUCUCCCUCAUGACCUGGUUUUCACCCAGUGCUUGCUUGGAUGGCAGAGGCUGUGGUGUCUUGCAACGUGUCGCUGCAUCGUACUUCUCAAGCUCAAGUUCUCAGCGCUGUUUGUGAGAGUAUCACUGAGUGAUAGUGCUUUCACUCUCAGCUCUGUAAACAGCUAGUAGGAAAACCAAGUGCUGUGCAUCUAAAGUCACUUGCACCAAAAUAACCACUGUUGUUUGCAUCACACUUUGGAAUAUGGUGGGAGGAGGGAUCCAUGUUUACCCACUUCUAAUCAUUACCCAUCUCUCUCAACUCCCUGUCAUUCAGGUGUGUGUGUGUGAGAUAAAUAUAUAUAUAUAUAUUUUUUUUUUUUUUUCCCCUAGACAUCCUCACUCACAACAUUGUUUCCCUUGCUUUGUGAAACGCCUGCUCUUGACCUUCAUCGGCACAUAGUAACUUUCUUUACUUUCUUUUAACUGCAGCCACUUGUCCUUCUGUGCUGUUUUCGAAUGAGGGAAAACAGUAAUUUUUUGCUGUUAUUAGUUUCAAUCUUGCAAUCAUUGUUGAUUCGUAUACUAUGGUGAUGAUCAUAUUUUAAUUUAAGCUCCCCGUUUGUUCGUGGAUUUUAAAUUUGCCUGCUGCAACACAAAUAGGCCCAUUAAACCAUAUUUGUGUGUUAUGAGGUUGUUCCAGUUACAUAAAAUCAUCGUAAAUAAAUAACUAUUUUUGUAAUAAAUGUACAAGCUGAGACAGAGUGAAGUGUAUGCUUGUUGUAAUGGCGAUGUGAGUAACCACGAGUGAGCAUGCCUGUCACGGAGCCUUGUGAGACAGCCUGAGAGGGCAUGUCUCUGUUUUUCAACAGACUGUGAUUCACUGUACAGCUUUGUUUCUUUCUUUCUUGUAUUUGUAUGAAAUGCUAAAAUUAUUGAAAAAUAAAUAUGUUUAAACUGUU